GGAGUUUGCUUGCAGGCAUAAGAGGCACCGGUCUCCAAUCUGCAGAAAGGCGUUCGAUUUUUUCUCUCCAAACGCUGCGUUUCUUUAGAUCGAUCCCUGCGUUCAAGAAGUGAUCUCUGGAAUUGGAGAUGGCGAGCACAGUGGAUGCAGGGGGGCAUCCGAUCCCCACAUCAGCAGUACUGAUGGCAUCUUCAAAGCAUAUAGGGUCAAGAUGCUUCUCAGAAAAUGUGGCCUUCCUCAAAUGCAAGAAGCAGGAUCCAAAUCCUGAGAAAUGCCUCGACAAAGGCCGUGAAGUCACUCGUUGCGUCUUUGGCCUGCUGAAAGAUCUUCACCAGAGGUGCACAAAAGAGAUGGAUGCUUAUGCUGGUUGCAUGUAUUACCAUACGAACGAGUUUGAUUUAUGUCGCAAAGAGCAGCAAGAGUUUGAGAAAGCAUGCCCCUUGGAAUGACUGGCCAAUUCCACCUGUAAUCUCGUUCCCCCAAUAAUUUAGGGCAGUCGGCAAUAAGCAGAUACUGUUGUUGCUUGCUCUUCUAGUGGAACUGUUUCUGGAUGUGGAAUGCCUCCCGUCUAUAUGGUCCAGUUUGUUUCUAAUUCUGCCAAAUUGGUUAAACAUGCUGUCUUUUUUCAUCGUAAGGAUUUUCUUUUUCUCUCCUAGUGGGAUUUGGUUCAAAA